CAGCUGUCAUUUGCGUUUUACAACUGUAUGUAUAUUAUUAACAUGUACGAUACUUAUACAAGAGGCACACACUUAUGCAUGCAUCUAUUGUAAUAAUGUUAAUAAAACUAGCAUCCUUUUUAUUAUAGCAACACUCACUAUUUACGAAGUUGCAUCUGCAUGCCAUUCGGGGAACAAAAUUGGUGGGUCAUAAUUAAGGUAGCAAACUUCCUGGAGCUGCUGCCUGCAACAACUGCGGGGGGAAAAACAAAAGUAUAUAAUGGAAGAAGUAUCAGAGUCGUCAUUUUAAAGUUAUGUCCGCGAGUCAAAUCGAUUCUCUGAGUUUUAAAUGUUGAGGAAAUCAAUCACCCAAUGUCUCGAGCCACUGGUACCGGUGGGGUGCACCUCAGUCUACCGCGGCGACGGGCUGGCAUACUAGGCCAGCAAGCGGCCUAGUGUCAUGUAUAGCUAGCUAACUUGCUGAAUUACUUUAGUCAACAAACGUCGUUGGCGUACAUGAUAUGGCAAUUGAAAAUUUAUUUUAUUCAAAUUGUUCGCUAACUAGUUAGCUUUUUAGGUAACGUUACUAAACUGCCUUAGCUAGUUAACUAGCUACAGUAGCUAGCUCAGUUAGCUACCAGCUGGCUGUGUAUGAUUGUACUGAGCUGGCUAUCUAGCCAGCUAACACAGUUUAUGAGCUCCAGUUUUUAAAGUUUAUUUAUUUCCGUGUUAAGUCCACCAGUGUCUUGGCAAGUUAUGUCAUGCAAUAUUAUUUUUAGCUGUUUCUUCGAGUGCGCGUGUUAUGCAUGUUUUAGCUAUUUAUUGAUUUGAUUUUGGAACAUCUUGGUUUUAAUGAGUAACGUUAGUUAGCUAGUUAGCAAUGUCUUCCGCCGAUAUGCUCGAAACUCCACCUGGAUAUCCCUUUGAAGAAAUAGAUUAUGUGGAUAUUGAAGUUGAGGAGGUCGUGGGGAGAGGUGCUUUUGGUGUUGUCUGCAAGGCCAAAUGGAAAGGGAAAGAUGUCGCAAUCAAGACAAUAGAGAGUGAAUCUGAAAGGAAAGCGUUCAUAGUUGAGCUGCGGCAACUUUCACGUGUGAAUCACCCCAACAUUGUGAAGUUGUAUGGCUCAUGCAAUAAUCCAGUCUGCCUGGUGAUGGAAUAUGCUGAAGGGGGGUCCCUGUACAAUGUUCUGCAUGGUGCUGAACCUCUCCCCUGUUACACUGCCUCCCAUGCCAUGAGCUGGUGUUUUCAGUGUUCCCAAGGGGUCGCCUAUCUCCAUGGCAUGAAACCAAAGGCUCUCAUUCACAGGGACCUCAAACCACCCAACCUGCUCCUUGUUGCCGGUGGCACCGUGCUGAAGAUAUGUGACUUUGGGACUGCGUGCGACAUUCAGACCCACAUGACCAACAACAAGGGAAGUGCAGCUUGGAUGGCCCCUGAGGUGUUUGAAGGCAGCAAUUACAGUGAGAAGUGUGAUGUGUUCAGCUGGGGAAUCAUUCUCUGGGAGGUGAUCACGCGUCGGAAGCCCUUUGACGAGAUCGGUGGGCCGGCCUUCCGCAUCAUGUGGGCGGUGCACAACGGCACACGGCCACCGCUCAUCAAGAGCCUUCCCAAGCCCAUCGAGAGCCUGAUGACCCGCUGCUGGUCCAAAGACCCCUCCCAGAGGCCCUCCAUGGAGGAGAUAGUCAAGAUCAUGACCCAUCUUAUGAGGUGCUUCCCAGGAUCUGAUGAACCCUUGCAAUACCCUUACCAGUAUUCAGAUGAAGGGCAGAGUAACUCGGCCUCGAGCACAGGUUCCUAUGUGGAUUGCACUAGCAGCAAGAGUGACACAAACAUGGAGCAUGGGGACUCUCAAGGGAGCAACGACACAAUCAAGAUCAAACCUCAGUUUGCACAUCAGUUCAGGCCAAAGGGAGACCCAUUGCGAAGCCUGCCUCUGUCCAGAGGGGGCAGUGUUGAGAGCCUGUCGGGGCGAACCCACAGCCUGGUGGCCUCCGAGAGCAAAAGAAUGAGCGCAGACCUGUCAGAGCUGGAGCACAGGGUGCCUUUCGCUCCUGCAGCACGUCCCCAGUAUAAACGAGGCCACCGUAAAACGGCGUCAUUUGGCACCAUUCUGGACGUUCCCAAGAUCGUCUUCACAGCCUCCUGUGAGGCGCAGAGGCGUAGAUCUGUACAGGACCUCCCGGGGAUCGGCACAGACUCCAGCCAGGGGAGUAGGAACAGCAGCAGAUCUUCCAGUCCCAGUGUGAGGAUGAUGCCGCCUGAUAAGACCAGCAGCCGAGGGUACAGCUUCUCUCCCGAUGACCCCACAGAUACCAACGGCUCAGACAACUCAAUUCCCAUGGCAUAUCUCACUCUGGACUACCAGCUGCAGCCCCUCGCUCCUUGCCCGAACUCCAAAGAGUCCAUGGCCGUGUUUGAGCAGCACUGUAAAAUGGCCCAGGAGUACCUGAAAGUGCAGACAGAAAUCGCCUUACUGAUCCAGAGAAGGAAAGAGUUGAUCGCUGAACUGGACCAAGACGAGAAGGACCAGCAGAACACGUCCCGCCUGGUCCAGGAGCACAAGAAGCUACUGGAGGAGAACAAAUCUCUGUCCACCUACUACCAGAAGUGCAAAAAGCAGCUGGAACUGAUCCGUGCUCAGCAACAGAAGAGACAGGGCACCUCGUGAUGGGCCACAAGCUGGCCGCCACCUGGAUCAUGCUGCAGAGACACACAAACAAACUGUCCCCAUGUCAUAUCCCCUGUUCUCCUCCCCUGCCUCUGCUCUUUCCUGGGUCACCUGUAGUCUAGUCUGAAACCCAGACCCUACCUGCAAAAUAAUUGACACUAUCUCUCUCCUCCUCCUCCCUCUGCCCCAUGACAACUAUGAUCUCAACCUAGGUGCCCACGCCUUCACCCUGUAGGUUCCAGUGAGUGGAUCUUGUUUUACCUUGUACUGUAAAGAGACCUGUGUUUUACUGUGUACCUGCAUGUUGCGUUAUAGACACACCCUGCUGAUAACAUGGAAUGGAAUAUGAGGUGUGCACUCAAUCAAGCUGUUAUGGAAUGUCUCUUGCACAUCUUUACAGUAUAUUCUUUGAUAGCAGGCCAAAACAAUCAGCAUGCAUCUGCUCUCUCUGCCCAUAAACAGCUGGAGUCCUGGGGUUGCCUGCCCUGGGUUCAGUGAACACACGGGACAGAGAGAUGGGCUUCUAGGCCUCGAUUGUCAGCCAUCCUUUUAGUCAGGAUGUGAUGCUUCUUGAGGUGUGUGAGCGUAGUACAGUAACUGCUGCUGCUUCUUGAAGUAUGUGAGUACAGUAACUGCUGAGCCUGAUUGGAGGGGGAGGCCAGUGAGGGGUGUGAAAUAUGUUUGUCUCUAUUGCUCUCAGGGCCCCUCGGACCCUCCCCUGGGCUGCCUGGUCAGUGUGUGUCCACCCCUCCUCCCACAGUCCAGUCCUCCCAUUGGUUAGUUUUACCCUGACCUGUCCUCCUAACUGGCCAAUGGCCAUGUGUCCUUGAGAAUGUGAAAAACAAAGACGGUCUAGACGACAAGUGUGAAUUAUGUGCAGAAGUUGGUGUUUUAAUGAAUUAUGACCAGAAUCUAUUUGACUAAUCUUUGAUCUCUAAGUGUUUUUUUGUUGUUGUUUUGUUACCAUUUAAUGAAAAAAUAGCCACCCUUUUUUUGGGGUGAGCACCCCUUACAAAAGAAAUCCACCACAACCUAUCUGAAAGUAUUUAAUGUAUGUUCUAUUUAUUUUACCGGGGGAUGUAUUUUAGAUAUACCUUGCACAUCCAUGAUGUCUUUGAUAAAAAGGAAGGACUUGGCUUGUCACAAGUACCUGGAUAGAAACAUGGGUCGGGCCUCAAACAGAGAUUAAAUAUUUAUAGUUUGCUUUCAACAACCACAAAAAACGCAAGCAAAGACGACAGACUUCUUAUCUCAACCUGUAUAAUUAAAAUAAACUAUGCACGAGGUUCAAAGUGUAACAUGUUUA